GGAGGAGGAGGAGGAAGAGUGUCCAGUGGAUCCAUUCUCGCACAAGUUGGCCUUGACCCAAUGGGAUUGGAUCAAGGUGUGGAUUGGCACGGUGGUGCUAUUGCCAAUCCGAGCCGUGCUCCUAUUGACUGCUUGUGUAUUGUCCUGGAGUGUCUCAUCCAUGGCCUUGUACGGCUUAAGUGAAUACGAGAAGAGUUUCAGGCCUUUGAUGGGCUGGCGAAAGGUGUUGCGAGAUGUGUCGGGAUUCCUCGGCCGUGUUACCUUUCAUUUAUGUAGUUUCCAUGAAGUCAAGACCAAGGGUCGACGAGUUAGCCCUGCUGAGGCGCCCGUUCUUGUGGUAGCCCCUCAUACCACGUUCUUUGACGGGUUUACCGUGUUCUGGAGCGGCAUGCCGUACAUUGUGAGUCGCACGGAGAAUCGCAACAUUCCGUUACUAGGCAAGUGCAUUGAAUGCGUCCAAGCCCUGUUUGUGUCCAGAGAGGACCCGUUGUCGCGUCAAAAGACAGUUCAAGAGAUCAUCCGUCGCUCCGCAUCCAGUGACGAGUGGUCCCAACUCCUCAUCUUCCCCGAAGGCUCCACAUCCAAUGGUCAAGCGCUAAUGUCCUUCAAACCCGGGGCGUUUUACCCGGGCAAGCCCGUGCAACCCGUACUUAUUCGCUAUCCAAACCGCUUGGAUACCGUCACUUGGACGUGGAAUCAGACCCAUGGCGCGCUCAAAAUCAUGUGGCUGACCAUGAGCCAAUUGUUCAGCCAGGCCGAGCUCGAAUUCUUGCCCGUUUACACGCCCACGGACGAGGAAAAGGCCGAUCCCAAGUUAUUUGCCCGCAAUGUCCGCCAAGUGAUGGCCGAGGCCUUGGGCGUGCCCACCAGUAAUAUGACAUUCGAGGAAGUGAAAGCUCUGUACGGCAAAAAGUCGCGCCGGAAAUCUCGCAUCAAGAAGGACUAGCUAGGAAUAGGAAUCAUCUUCGAAUUGGUUAUACUCUUCGUUCUAUGAUAACGUGCUUGCUCUCUCCAAUGCUUAGUCAAAUAGGUUCUAGGGUGCUACUAAAUACAAAUACUCCCAUAUACCUACAUGUUAUAGAUCACUUCCCAUGCCACUUACCACUUGAUGUCCUCGGUGUGUCCCAAGUAAUGUCGCUGGGAGUGCUCUUCCGCGUUGAACAACACCACCACGGCCGCCACGAAGUAGACCAUCUCACCCGUGGGCAAGAGGUAGAGGUUGCAUCGAGCAUCGCGCCCACGAUAUCCGUACACCCAUUCCAGUUUGAGUUUCUGUGACGGAGCGGGUGAUACUUUCGAGAGCGAGUAGUGGUCAAUCA